AUGAGUGCUUUUAUUAAAACUUUUCGAUGCUUAAAAGACGGUGGUAAGAGUGCUCAUUUCGUUGUCCUCGUUGUCCUCGUUGUCCUCGUUGUCCUCGUUGUCCUUCUUGUUCGCAUUGUCCUCAUUGUCCUCGUUGUCAACAAGCCAAUGGCUCUUAUGUACCCGCUCCAGCUGCUUGUGAAAGCCUACAACAUUGUCGACCUCUCGCACGGCCCGGAGUUCCGGAAGCGUGCCGCGCGCAAACCAGCUGGCAAGCAACCUGCCCUCACCGUCCCGCGUACUCGAGGCGGCGCUAUCGUCAAGCCCAAGGAGUCCUCUGAGAAAGCUACUGGCAAGAAGGAGAAGAAGAAGAAGGCGCCGCCAGUCAAGCGCGAGUGCUCCCUCUGCGCCUCGACCAAGGGCGUUGCUACCUGCUUCCGCCUGGACGGCCAUGAGGACGCCUGCGAGCACUUCGAGAAUACCUGCGGCCAAUGCAUCCAGAAAAUGAUCAGCGUCAAGAUCUCCCAGCGCCAGCUCGGCGAAGCAGAACUCGCCUGUCCUGUGCCCGGAUGCGCGCAUGUGCUCGACUACACCACACUGAAGCACGCUUUUACCAAUAAAGCCUUGUUCGUCGACUUCGACAAAGCCCUCGUAAAACACCUCCUCUCCGCCUCCCCCACCUUCAUCGCCUGCCUCUCGCCCAUGUGCGGCAAGUACUUCUCCACCGACACCUGCAUCCCCACCUCUCGCUCCACCAAACAACAAAUCUCCUGCCCCUACUGCGCCUCCUCUCUCUGCCUAACCUGCAACCGCCCCUGGCACCCGCGCACAGGCUGCAACAGCGCCGCCGCCGCCGAAGAUGCCUCCUCGCUCGCGCAGAUAAAAUCCAUGGGCGCGAAGCCGUGCCCGCAAUGCGGCGUCAACAUCGAGAAAUCCGGCGGUUGCGACCACAUGACGUGUCACCGGUGCCGGCAUGGGUUCUGCUGGGUGUGUCUGGUGCCGUAUACGGUGAAUGUGGUGCAUGCAGAGGGAUGUCCGCAUGGACGGCGGGAUGUCGCGGUUGAUCCGAGAAAUUGGGUGCCCGAGGGCAUGGGCGAAGAGCAGGUUAAUGCGCUUAUCGAACACGCAGGACGGAGGUUGGAUGGGGUGGGUGGGCAGGUUGGGUUUCAGCCGGUGCCGAUGCCGCAGGCGCAGGCGCAGGCGCAGGCUCCUUGGGGGCAGUUCGUUGUGGGUGGGAUGGCGAAUGCGUUUUUCAACUUCAUUGCUGGAGGGCAGGGUGGUCCUCAGGGUGGUCGUUGA